AUGUCAAAAGAAGUCAAAGAGGAUACGGCAAUAAGUGUUAUUAGCGAGUCGGGGAUUGGUGAGCUAUACAAUUUUUCUAAAGAAGAUGCUGAAGAUGCUGAAAAGAUAUUUUAUCAUGAGAAUAGGUUGAGCUCUAGUCUUAAUGCUCGGUUGAUUGCCAUGAUCUCCUUGGUCGGAGUCUUUGGUACUGGUGUUUUUCUUUCCAGUGGUGGUACUUUAGCAACUGCUGGUCCAGUUGGUAUGCUACUUGCUUAUGUCCUUGUUGGAACAGUUGUUGCUGCCAAUCAAGUCUGUAUGGUUGAGACUUCGUGUUUAUUUCCUGCUACAAGUUCUUAUAUUGCACAUUCCGAGGUGUUCAUUGACAAGGCACUUGGUUUUGCAUGGGGAAUUGGAAGUACAUACGAUGCCAUUGUUCCCAGUGAAUUGACGGCUGUUAGUGUGAUCAUGACCUAUUGGACCGAUUUAAGUCCAGCUAUUUUCAUCACUAUUUUUGGUUUAGUGAUUGUUGCUACUAAUAUAUACAAUGUCAGAUGGUAUGGUGAAAUUGAAUUUUGCUUUGGAGUGUUGAAGUUAUUAUUAUGUGUUGGAUUGAUUUUAACUGGACUUGUAAUUGAUUUGGGUGGAGUCAAGGGCCAACACAGACUUGGUUUCCAGUACUGGAGAAACCCAGGACCAUUUGCUGAAAAGUUCACUACUGGAUCUUUAGGGAAAUUCUUGGGCUUCUGGAAAGCAGUCAGCUCUGUUGUUUAUGCAUUUGGUGGUGUUCAGAAUGUUACAAUGCUUGCAGGAGAGACUGAAUACCCUAGAAGGGCUAUUCACCGUGCUGGUUACCGGGUCUUGACGAGGGUCUUGGUGCUUUACUAUAUCCUUAUCUUUAUUUUAUCCAUGAUUGUUCCAUACACAGAUACUGUUAUUGCACAUCCCAAUGGUACUGCUUCUGGUUCACCUUGGGUUAGGGCCGUUUCCUUGGCUGGUAUUAAAGUGUUGCCGCAUAUCAUCAAUGCAGUUGUGCUUACUUCGGCAUUGAGUGCUGCAAACAUUGGUAUCAUCAAAGCUAGUAGAAAUGUUUAUGCUUUAGCGUCAAAAGGACAACUCCCCAAAAUAUUUCUAGCAGUUAAUAGAAAAGGUUUACCGUGGGUGGCAGUAACUUUUGCAUGCGCAUUCUUACCCUUGGCAUAUAUGACUGUUGAUAGUUCAGCUGCAAAUGUAUUUUCGUGGUUUCAGGGCAUAACUUCAUCCGAUCUUUUGGUGACAUGGAUAGCCAUUGCUGCCAAUCACAUUGCUUUGCAUAGAGCAUUACACGUUCAAGGGUAUACAAGAGAAGAUUUACCUUACAAGUUUUGGAUUGGUAAAUGGUGUGGCUACUACUCAUUGUUUUUUUCACUAAUAUUUUUGUUAACGGGAGGAUUCUCGACCUUCAUCCAUGGAUAUUGGGCAUUUUCUACAUUAUUUAGUGCUUAUUUUAUUAUUCCACUCACUAUAGUGUUGUUCAUUUUUGCAAAGUUGGUCUUCAAAACCAGAUACAUCAAGCCUAGUGAGGUCAAAUUGAGAGCAUUGUUCUAUGAUGUGCAAAACAGACCAGAGCCACCAUAUCAGAAAUUGAGAGGUUGGCAAUGGCUCACCUUGUUGUGGGCGUGA